AUGACUGAGGAGCACAUAACCUUUAUUGCUCGCUCCAGUGUUCCGAAAGCACUGACGAUAGAGGAAAUCGAAGAAGCAACGAACAAGGACAAAACUUUACGAGGAGUUCGGGCAGCUAUAAAGCUCAACAAGUGGCACUACGAGGUAGUCAAGCCUUAUAAACAAGUAAAAGACGAACUUACUGUUACAACAAAGGGCGUGGUUCUUCGUAGUUCUCGUAUAGUGAUACCAGAAUCGCUACAGCAACGUGCGAUUGACAUUGCGCACGAAACUCAUCUUGGCAUUACCAAAACGAACUCAUUAAUCCGAGAAAAGAUUUGGUUUCCGAAUAUUGAUAAAAUGGUGCAAGCAACAAUCGAGAAGUGCAUUCCUUGUCAGGCAGUGGGUAAAGCACCACCACAAGAGCCAAUAUCAAAAACAACAAUGCCAAAGGUACCAUGGGAAACGAUACAUUUGGAUUUCUACGGACCACUUCCUUCGGGAGAAUACCUUCUGGUCGCAAUUGAUCGCUAUUCCAGAUAUCCCGAAGUGGAAGUAGUACGCUCGACAAAAGCUUCCGCGGUCAUACCCAAAUUAGAUCAAAUGUUCGCCCGUCAUGGCAUCCCAACAACUAUCAAGACAGACAGUGAACAACCUUUCAAUAGUGCAGAAUAUAAUCGCUAUUUGACAGCUCUUGGAUUUAAAGGUAUUCAUUCAACACCUAAAUGGCCCCAGGGCAAUGCAGAAGCGGAAAGAUUCAUGCAGCCCCUUGGAAAAACGCUACGAACCACUCACAUUGAAAGAAGACUCUGGCAGCAAGAGCUACAUCGUUUCUUGUUACAGUACAGGACAACACCACACUCUUCCACGAAAGUUCCACCAGCGGAAUUACUAUUUACCCGUGCAGUGAAAGGAAAGCUUCCAGAAUUGAAAAAGCGGAACUUUGUUAACAAACACAAUAUUGCUAAAAAGAAUGAAAUGGAAAGACAGCGAUACAACAAAGAAUAUGCGAAUGAAAAAAGAAACGUAAAAGAAAGUGAAAUUAAGAUAGGAGACUAUGUCUUAGUUCGUCAGGACAAGCAGAACAAUUAA